AUGUCCCCUGCCGGCCGUGUGCUUUGCCAGAAAUUGUGCGCCGCGAGGGCAGCAUGGAUCUGCGAGCUGAAUCCGCCGGGAGGGUUAGGCCCUGCUCGCCCAAGAGUUCCUGCAUACGCUAGGCCCGACGCCAACGUACCUACUACCUUCACGUCGCCCUCCGCUGCCUGGCGCGCGCCCCCUCCCCCCCGCGCGGGCUCUGCGCGCCGCAUGCCCUUCUGCGCGACGAGGAGGCAUCCGCAUAUGACACGCCGCUCAGACGCGACCGUGUCAGCGCCCGACCUGCCCCGCGGGAGCCGUUCCCCGAGGGCCCACUGCGCGCUGCUGAGUCCGCUCUCCAUCCCGGGCGGUUGGGAGGGCGCAUCUCUGCCCUCUGCACAGCGGUCCCGGGUCGCAGGCACGGCGUCGAAAAGGAGCGUUGCUUUUGCGCCUCUAUCGCAUGUUUCCUUUUGCGCGCUUCAGCACCGCCGUGCCGUUGAUAGGCUGCCACAUCCACGUGGGAUUGCGGAUUCCCGACCACACCCCUCGUACGCCCUCACACAGCUAUUUCGGGCGCCCCAGCAUCGUGCGCGGAAAUGUGCAUUCGCCGUCGAGCGCGUCUCCAGGCAGCACCCGUCCGCUCGCCAGGAGGCCUGUCCGGGCGACAAAUGCAGCGCCGAAUGGGCGUUGGCGCCGGCCAAACGUUCGCGUUUGAUCCACCGGCGCUACAUUGGCCAAGUCGCAGCCAGCCCGGCGUGGAUGUCACUCCCAGGUCCCCUCCGCUGGACAGCAGCCCGUCUCAUCAAGCGCACGGUCUGGGCUGCGACGUCGCGACAGCCUGUGUCAUUCUUCGCCGAGCGAGAUUUGGCCGUCUCUAUCUCAGACAGGUCGCAUCUGGCUCUGGACAGUGAUCGCUGCAAGCCUUCCGCUCCAAGGGAACGGAAGCUGUAUGCAGCCGUCCGCGUGGAUUCGUUGCUGCGACUCUGCUGCAGCUGCUGGGAUGCCUCCUGGAGCCGUUUCACGCACAAUCGUUCCUGCCUUUGUUCGCAUGCGCUUUUCGCCGCGAUCUGUCUCUUCAUCGUCGCAAUUGCCAUCGCUAUCGCCGUCGCCUCUCUUUUUCUCCCUUCCUUGUUACGAGCCGCGUCGCCCAGCGGUUGCUUUUGGCACGGAGCCCUCCCUGCGAUGACAUUGCCCUCCUUUCGUACGCUGCUCCGUACAGGCUUUGGCUCCUGCACAAUUUGCCAAAAUACGCCUUAUUAUAAACGCCGGUGCUGCCAAUAA